AUGAGGAAUCUCUCGGUGGUGACUGAGUUUAUCCUUCUGGGCUUCCCACACACAGAGGGUCUGGAGACGAUGCUCUUUGUCAUGUUUUUGUCCUUCUACAUCUUCACCCUCGUGGGGAACCCUUUAAUGCUGGCAAUUGUCUCCUCCACCCGAAUUUACACUCCCAUGUACUUCUUCCUGUGCAAGCUAUCUAUUUUUGACAUAUUUUUCCCUUCUGUGAGUUCCCCCAAGAUGCUCUUCUAUCUCAUGGGAAACAGCCCAGUCAUCUCCUACUCAGGCUGUGUGUCCCAGCUCUUUUUCUACCAUUUCCUGGGUUGUACUGAGGGUUUCCUGUUCACCUUGAUGGCCUAUGACCGCUUCAUUGCUAUAUGUUACCCUCUACGCUACUCGAUAAUCAUGAGCCAUAGAGUGUGUGCCAUCCUGGCUAUGGGGACCUCAUUUUUGGGGGGCAUUCAGGCCACUUUUCUAACCACUCUCACCUUCCAGUUGCCUUACUGUGGUUCUACUGAGGUGGACUAUUAUUUCUGUGAUAUCCCAGUGAUGCUGAAGCAAGCUUGUGCAGAUACAUUAACCUUGGAGAUGGUGGGGCUCAUCAGUGUUGGCCUCAUGCCUCUCAGCUGCUUCCUUCUUAUCCUAACCUCCUACAGCUGCAUUGUCUGUUCCAUCCUGCAGAUCCGUUCUUCUGAGGGCCGACACCAAGCCUUCUCCACCUGCAGUGCUCACCUAACUGCCAUCCUCCUUUUCUACCUGCCAGUUGUCCUCAUCUACCUGCAGCCCACCCCCAAACCCUGGCUUAAUGCUACUGUUCAGGUCCUGAAUAACCUGGUCACUCCCAUGCUGAACCCCUUGAUCUAUAGCCUCAGGAAUAAGGAGGUGAAAUCCUCACUGAGGAAGGUCCUACACCAACUGGGCUUCUUCCUGAGUAGUUGUAGAGAAAAAUCAGUAGCUAAUAUUUAA